CUGAAAUCGCAACAAAAAUCAUGAUUUUAUUUUUUCUUAUUUUUUCAAUUAACUACGUUUUUAAAUGAUAUAACGUAUGGUUACAUAUUAACAAAAUACCUUGAGCCUACAAAUAUCGUCGUGAUAUGAUCUGUAUUCAUCGGGAAGAUGUCCAACCACGAAGCGUACUAUUACCCAAUGCGUACAAUAACCCCACUUUCUCCUAAACAUUCAUAACUAAUGGCGAUUUCGGCUGGAGUGCACUGGUUGCCACCUUACCGAUAGCACACAAACUGGCUGCGACUAUUUUUUCAGGUCCACUUUGUGUACACUUAAUAUGCACUUGUGAGGUGUAUCGAGUUCAGACGGAACACGCGGCACCAUUGAGAGACUGAAUUAUUUAACUAGCCAAACACAAAAGUUGCACCCACACUUGAAAUGUGCAACCGGUGCAAUCGCUAUAAAAUAAAUAUUAUUGACAACAAAAAUAUAAAUGUUUUUAUUUUUAUAUUAAAAUAAUAUAAAUUAAAGUUUAUAUGAAUUGUAAUGCGCUCUAAUUUGACACUAGACGAGAAAGUCAUCCUAUGAUGUCUCUAAAGAAACUGAAACUUUUUCCCUUGCUAAGGAAUAAAAAUUGUGACUGCGUUUGCGCAAGAAAAUUAUUUAAAUUACGAACGUUAAGGAAAAUUUUGUUGAAUUACGAAUUGAGAUAAUUCAGACAAAUUUAUUUUUGUUUAUCUCAUCAAAUAUACUACUUCAACGUAAAAUAACGCAGUUAUAUCGCAGUUUUUGUUUGAAAUGUAUUCGAUCAUGGAACGAUAUUACAAAAUAAUUCCAAUAGUUCUUAAGAGCCUUGGGUUAUGGCCCUAUCAGCAAUCAUAUUUCACACAAGUACAUCAAAUUUUGUUCGCUAGUAUCCUUUUGACAUUUAUUCUUGUUCAGUUGCUGGUAUUUAUUAAAAGACAAUGCAAUACGGAACUUGUUUUCACGGUUCUGUCUUUCGUCUGUCCUAAUCUUGCUGCUACAAUAAAGUAUUUUACUUUUAUCACUAAAGCAAAUAGUUUGAAGCAACUAUUGGAACAAAUCCAAAAUGAUUGUAAUUUGUUAAAGGAUAAAUUAGAAAUUCAUAUUCUAGAAAAAUAUAAUAGAAACGCAAGACUUGCUGUACUAAGUUUGCUAGGGUUUUCUUAUGCUAUUUUAUUCAUUUUUUCGACAUUGCAAUAUUUGCCGUUUAUUUUUCACAAAAUGUCACCAUUUAAUAAAUCACGAUCUCUUCAGCUUGUUACUUCUACGGAAUACCUUAUCAUUCCCGAUAAAUAUAUUUACGUUAGGAUGUUACAUGAAUUUUUAGCCUUUUAUGUGGGUCUGAUUACAAUAUGUGCCACUGGUUUGACAGCUUUAAUAUAUUGUGUACAUAUGUGUGUACUGCUUGAAAUUGCAAGUUACCGAAUAAAAAAUGUUAUUCAGAUGAAUACAUUAGUAAUCCCUAGUCCGAGAAGAGAACACAUUGUUCAUCAGAGGAUUGUAAAUGCGAUUAUAAUACAUCAAAGAGCUAUUGAGUAUCAUAAAUUUUUUAUGAUUGCUUUUCUGGUGCCAUUUGGUAUGGUGUGCAUAGUUGGGACGAGCAGUUUAAUUUUGGCUCUUUUUCUAUUCACUCAACAAGUCGCAUCAAAUAAUAUGGGUAUGGCGUCUGUAGCCUUUGGAUUACUACAAGUACUUUUAAUUUAUAUGCUGGUCAGUUGUUACUAUGGACAAAAAAUAAUCGAUAAUGGAAUAUAUUUUUUUGAAGAGACUUAUAAUGGAUUAUGGUAUACAGCACCGUUAUCUACGCAAAAAUUGUUAUUAUUUGUAAUGCGAAGAGCAAAAACGUAUUUUUCGUUAACGUUUUACGGUGUAAUUGCUGCAUCUUUUGAUGGCUUAACUACGCUCCUGAAACUGGCAAUGUCGUACUUCAUGGUACUUAAUUCAGUGCAAAAGUAGCGAGUCACGCAGGGAAAUUAAUUUUUAAUUAAUUGGAUUUUUUGUUAAUUUAAUAUUGUAUUAAAGAUAAUAUUAUACCAAUGCUAAUGGGAGUGAAAUGUAAAGAUGAAGAUGGUAA